AUGGAGUUUUGUGGCACUGUUGUGGGUGUGGUGGGGUUGUAUAGUGUCUGCCUCCAGAUCAUGGAGCAGUUGGAUGAUGUGCGGAACUUUGACGACGAAUCGGGAAAGCUUCGUACACUGUUUGAAAUCGAGAAGCUCAUCUUCACCCGAUGGGGCAACAGGUCUGGUUCCGCUGUUGGCAGCAGGGGAAAGACCUCUAUCCGGAGAAAGCUUGUCUGGGCGGUAAAAGAUAAGAAGCAUUUCAGGACCCUCCUCACGGAUGUUGGAACCAUUGUUCAAAAGCUGGAUAACCUGGUUCCCAAUAGUAGUGCUGGUUCUGAGGUCAGAAUUAGGGAGAUGGAGAUGAGCUUGAAGGCACUUGAAUCGCUUCUCGAAGAGAACAUAUCUCAGAGCGAGAAGGAUAGGAAAGGGGCUGGCGAGUUUCAAGAUCAGGUCACAACACAUAUCGACAAGGAAGAUCGUGAUAGGCUUUUGCGUUGGGUUGGCGCUGUUUCGACGGAUUAUGAGCUCGAUGACGCGUUACGCGGUAUACAUACAUGCACAUGCACCUGGAUUCGCUCCACUCAGGUUUUCCUGAACUGGUUCGGUCCACCUGAUGUUGCCACCGGUGCAUCUUCUCCUGUCCUCUGGUUUCACGGUGGUCCUGGGAUUGGUAAAACACAUCUCUCGGCAAGUAUUAUUAAAUAUCUCCAGGAUCACUCUUCCUCAUACCCCACGGCGUUCUUUAUGGCCACCCACGCCGAUUUAAAAAAGAGCCAGACCACUUACAUCCUCCGCUCAUGGGUCUGCCAGUUGAUACAGAAAGAAGAGAUUGCCUUGAAAAUAGCUCAGAAGGUGAAGCCUAAGAAUGGAGACGCGACGGAUACGAUGAGUGUCUGGACUAUGACCCUGAUUCACGAAGCGAAGAUCUUGAUUGUGAGCCGGAACCUAGACACUAUUAGAUCUGGUCUUUACGAGCCCAUCAACGAAUCAAAGUUACGUCGGGUAACCGAGUACCCGGUCGCAAAAGAAGACACUCAACAGGACAUUGAAUUAGUCUCGGGCGAGAUUGUUGAGUCAAAGAUUCAAGACGAUUCCCAAAAAAAGGCGAUAUCGGACCAACUCAAGAAAGGUUGCGAUGGCAUGUUUCUUUGGCUAAGGCUUGUGAAUGAGCAGCUCGAGCUGGGGAUGCCAUAUACAGAUAUUAAGGAUAUACUCGACUCCGUGCCAGACGGCCUCGAGCAGGCAUACCAACGAAACAUCGAUGGAAUUCUCAAGACGGGCAUUAAAAAUCGUCAACGAGCACUUGAUAUCUUUCCAAUCAUGCUUUUCGCAAUCCGGCCGCUUUCCGUCACGGAGUUACUGUGUGCUCUGCGCAUGAAGGACGCAGUGGAUCGCCGCUUACAAGAACCACCAGAAUUUAUUCAAGACUCCGAGAUUACUCAUUUGAUGAUCCAAACAUUAUUAGUGAAACCCUGCUGUUCCCUAAUUGAAGUUCGCGGGGGGUCGGAUGCGCCUCAGGAAAAGCUCGCACAUAGCUUUAUUCACUUUGUGCAUUUCUCUGUCAAAGAGUAUCUUCUAGGGCGGAUGCAAUCGGAGGCAUUACACCGCGGUGAUCCUUCCGGAAAAAACCACGACGCUUCGUACAUCUUUGGCCCUAGAAAUGGUGAUGAUAUCCUUCAUGAAUUGGAGGUCGCAUUUCGACCGGUUGACCGGGAUAGUAGAUCCAGGGGCUUAUGCUUUCAGAAGAGGCUUUUCGAGGGACCUUGGUUCCAAAAAUGGGCAGAUAAUUAUAAGGAAACACGAAAAGUGGUGCCCAGACUUGAAGCUCUGGUGAACAGUGUAUUAUCGCCGGCAGAGGUUGCCGCCAUGCUCGACCUUCCCGACCUCAGUAUAUCUCUAUUCCCUCAUGGGAAAACACCUCAGAGGGUGCUUGCGUAUGCAGUCGCCUUUGGAAAGCCGGCGACCAUUCGCACGUUGCUUCAAAGCAGAGAAGAUUUUGAUGUGAAUUGGACCGCUGAUGGAUACCCUUGGAUACCACUUUCCGCGGCAUUCAACUGGUAUCGGGCGCAUAGUUUUAUUGUAUUGCUCGGCCAAGAAGGCCUGAACCUAUAUGCACCUCUUAACGAUAAGGGGGACACAUUACUGCAUCUUUUGGUCAGGUCUCAGCCUGAGGUUGAUCUGGGUAUGGUUGGCAUUUUACUCGCGGUAUUUGAUAUUAAUUGCAAAAAUAUAAGUGGAGAAAGCCCGCUAUAUGUACUAGUAAGUAGCCCACUAUCGCCCUCCAGCAAAGAAGUACUACGGUAUUUUGUCGAGAGGGUCGACACCGACCUGAACGCACCUGACAACCACGGUCGGUCGCCACUGCAUGCAUUAUGUAAUAAUAAAUCCCUAAAAUAUCGUCUGGCCGCUUUGAGAGUGUUGCUUUCCUGCCGAGGUAUCGACAUCAAUGCUUUGGACAUCGAAGAGAGGACACCACUGGACUACUUGCAAUCGAAUACAUCAGCUACCCCUUUUAAUGCUAUGUGGGGGCUGAUAAGGGCUACUUUAGUUGCGAAUGGCGCAAAGACGGGGUGGCAAUUAAGAAUGAUUCAAACUGCUUCAAUUCACUCGGCCAGUGAUUACUCUGGGACUCCUGAGGACUGUUCGACAGUCUCCACAGUAUGUGCUACUAUUUCCGCAAAUAGCGGUGAAACCAACAUCACGCCUACCGACGAAGGGGCUCGCCCGAUCGAUCCACACCUGGAAGGCCCUGAUACGAGAGCUUACGAAAGCAAUAUCAGAGUUGAUGGCGCCCAAGCAGCCCUCGAAACGAAUGAAAAAUCCCAGAAAUCAGAAGCCGCGAGAGAUAGCGCCCAAAUAGCGCCUAAUUAUGCCUCUGAUGUGGGUGAACCUGAAACUUCACCAAGCCUCGCAGAGAAACCACACAGAACUUAUCCUCCUGUCACCCAAAUCGCGGAGGGAGAGGUAAGAAAAUCACCACCAACCGUUGGUAGUAGGGAAGUGGUGCUGUCAGCACCUCGUUUUUUGUAUUUCAUUCCGCCCUUUCUCGUGUUCAUUGUUUCAGUCUAUCUUUAUUUAUGA